GCUUGUGAUACAUUGACAGCAACAACACGAACGCCUUUUAAUACCGAGACAUCUUCAACAUGGUCGGGUUUGCGCCUUUUCACCACCAUGUCUCUUCCUCCUGGUCCAAAGUUUGUGCUCAAACAGCUCUCAUGGAUCUCUAGGCGAGUAAUUGUGGUACAUCUGUGUUUGCGAGCACUGGAUUAUCUUGACAUUCUUCCACUUUCCACGACUGCAAAUGUACUAGCUUCAGUUCUGGUUCAAGCGCUGGCGAUACUUGGGCAGCCGUUAUGGGAGGAUUUUAAGAUGAAGCGGGAUGCUGCUGCAAGAGGUGCAGUUCUCGUGCCGAGAGUUCGUCAGAGUUCACGGUCAAUCGUGAAGGAUAUCUUGAAGAGUUUCCAGUCGGGUUAUAUAGCCGAAGUGUUCGACGACUGGCGAGAAACAUACGGGAAUACCUACUUCUUGAAGAUCUUUUCAGACAAGAGGAUACUUACCCUUGAACCACUCCAUAUGAAGGCCGUCCUUGCAACGCAGUUUGAUGAGUUUGUGAAAGGUUCACUUCUAUUCUCUCAAUGGAAAUCCCUGCUCGGUGCGGGCGUCUUCAAUUCUGAUGGUGACAUGUGGAAGUUUCAUCGACAGAUGACUCGGCCGUUCUUCAGCAAAGAUCGCAUCCGUGAUUUCGAAAUUUUCGAUAACCAUGCGAUGGAAACUAUCGAGCUGAUGAAAAAACGUCUAUCCGAAGGGCACCCAAUUGAUUUCCAGGACGCGGUCGGUCGAUUUACUCUCGACUCUGCCACUGAAUUCUUGUUUGGGAAAAAUGUUCGGUCACUCGAUGCGGGAUUGCCCUACCCAAAGUCAUCUGGGAUUUCAAACACAUACGAAUUUGAGAACCAUCCUUCGAAUCGAUUCGUUACAGCAUUUAUGAAGGCACAGGCAAUUGCAGUGCAGCGUUCCCGCUUAGGCACGACGUGGCCGUUGAUGGAAUUUUGGAAGGACGAGCUUGCGAUGAAUAGGGCGAUUGUUGAUGAAUUCGUCAAACCGAUCCUCGCAGGCGUUAAACAACGGGAAAAGUCUCGGAGUGCUCAAUCGAAGGAACCGUUGGAGGAAGACGAGUUUUUCCUUGCGCAUUUAGUCCGCCAGAACACAGAUGAUCAAGUUGUCCUCGAUGAACUCGUCAAUAUUCUCGUCGCAUCGCGAGAUACCACCGCCGCACUGCUCUCGUUCGCUGUAUACAUACUAACGGAACGCCCCGACAUUGUUCAACGGCUCCGAGAAGAAGUUCUAAGACAUGUUGGGCCUACCAGUCCACCAUCGUACGAAGAUAUCAAGGAGAUGAAGUAUCUUCGUGCGUUUUUGAAUGAAACGUUACGCCUGUAUCCACCUGUGCCUAUCGAUUCCCGGAAUUCAACAAAGGCGACUACAUUGCCCAGUGUGAACGGGCCACCGAUUUUCGUUCCUGAAAACACAAGGGUCACAUACAGCGUGUUUUUAGUUCAUCGGAGAGAAGAUCUCUGGGGUCCUGACGCCGAUGAAUUUGACCCCGAUAGAUUCUUGGACGAGCGGUUACACAAGUAUCUUACCCCGAACCCAUUCAUCUUCCUGCCGUUCAAUGCUGGACCUCGGAUUUGCUUAGGACAACAAUUCGCAUACAACGAAGCUUCGUUUUUCCUCGUUAGACUCCUUCAGAACUUUUCGUCCUUCACGUUCGCGGAUGAUGCACAGGAUGGGUGUGACAAGCCACCACGACACUGGAAAGGAUUGAAGGGAACGAAGGGGAGGGAUAAGAUUACGUUCCAGAUCUUUCUCACUAUGAGUGUUAGAGGUGGGUUGUGGGUGAAGAUGGAAGCUUGAUUUGAGCAUUGUUUGGGGUUUUUAUUGUUUAUGUAACUGAUACAAUACGUCUUUGAGUCCAUGUAUCGUACCAUGUAUCGUACUUGCCCCAAAUCCUGUACUUUGAACCAGU